GCGGGGGCGGCGCGGCACGGAACGGCACGGCACGGCAGCAGCCGGCUGCCGCCCAUUAGCGCGGGUGGCGGCCACGCUGGGCUUCCCACGCCGUGUGGCCCGGUCACCCCUCAGCGCUGCCGCUCGGCGGGGCCUGGCCGAGAGGGAGUUGCGCUUCUGUGGGAAGGAAGACGCUCUGAUCACUCGCCAACAUGGUGGUUUUCACAUGCAAUGCAUGUGGAGAAGCUGUGAAGAAAGCACAGGUUGAAAAGCACGUGAACAUCUGCAGAAAAUGUCAGUGCCUGUCGUGCAUGGAUUGUGGCAAGGAUUUCUGGGGUGAUGACUAUAAGGAACACGUGAAGUGCAUAAGUGAAGACCAGAAAUAUGGUGGGAAAGGCUUUGAAGCCAAAACGAACAAAGGAGAUGCUAAACAGCAGGAGUGGAUUCAGAAAAUUCAUGAAGUAAUGAAGAAGCCCAACAUAAGCCCUAAAGUGCGGAAAAUCCUGGAGCAAAUGCGUGCCUUUGAUAACAUUCCAAGAAAAAAAGUAAAGUUUCAGAAUUGGAUCAAGAACAGUUUGAGAGUUAAUGACAGCAAUUUGCAAGAUCAGGUGUGGGAUGUUUUCUCAGAAGCAACCAGAAACAUUUCAAAUGAAAAAGAACAAGACAAACCACAACAGAAGGAGGAGCAGCGGUCUGCAGAAACUGGGGAAAAUACAAAUGCAGAAGAAAAUGGAAUUACAGAUGCAAAAACUGAGAGAAAAAAGAGUAAGAGGGAACGAAAAGAAGAGAGACAAAAGAACAAAAAGAAGGAGAAAAAAGAUCUGAAAUUGGAAAACCAGGAAGAAGUAAAAAAGAGUAAAAAGUCCAAAAAAGGAAAAGAGAGUGCGGACGAUGAAUUUGAAAUAAAUGGAAAUGGCAAUCACAGUGAAACAGAAGAGGAAACUAACGUAAAGAAACGCAAACAUAAACAUGUAGAAGAGGAACCUCAUACUAAAACAAAGAGAAUGAAAACUGAAAGCAUUUCAGAAGACAUGGAAACAGAAAACAUCAAUGACAGCGAAGAAAAUAUGGGAACAGAGAAAGGUAAAUUCAACUGGAAGGGAACCAUCAAAGCAGUUCUGAAACAGGCUCCAGACAAUGAAAUUUCAAUUAAGAAACUAAGAAAAAAGGUGAUAGCUCAAUAUUAUGCAGUAGCUGGUGAACAUCACAAAACAGAAGAGGAGAUCCUAGUCAUAUUCAAUAAGAAAGUGAAUAACAAUCCCAAAUUUAGAGUUCUAAAGGACAAAGUGAAACUUGUGAAAUAAACAGUUUGCAUACUUUU